UUUAAAAAGCUCCUCUGCUUGGUCUAGUUAUACGAGUCUAUGCAGGGCCAUAGGAUGUAUGGUUACAGCUGACAUCAUAGACACAAUAAAGAGUUGACGCCGCAUCAACCGCUCCUGCGUACUGGCGCUGAUGAGCCAUGGGGCCGACAUGGUUACAUUUGGGGAAAUCGAAAGUUAAAGCGCUUUCAGUUUCGGGAAGAAAAAACUUCGCACAGGCCUACUGGUCUUACAGUUAAAACAUGGAAUGGACCUGCUAUUUCCGUAUUCAAACCUAGCCAGUCAUAUCAAUGUUUUGCGAGGGAGGAUACGCGAGAGUAUGAACUUUCGUUGCAUUAAUUUGAAGUAAUCCAAAACGAAAUUAAAGAAUGGACACACUGACAGCUGUUGUAAGGGGCGUUAUCAGAACGCGACGCUGAAACAGAUUCACCGAUUGUUAAAUUAUGGAGUCUAAGAAUUACAUUGCCCAACUGAAUGAGUAUACACAGCGCACGCGUUCAGAACUUAAGUAUGAAGACGUAGGUGCAGAGGGUCCGGAUCAUAUUAAAAGGUUCACCGUCAGGGCAGUUGUAGACAAGAACAUAUAUCCCAAUGGGACAGGGAGAAACAAAAAGGAAGCAAAACAGAAUGCUGCAAAAAACGCAUUGGAUGGGCUGGACACUGAGUCGAACGAUACAAACGUUUCACUUAGGGGCUCGCCCUCGCCUCUCGUCCAAGUGAUUAAUGCUGCCAACUUCACAUGCUGGCUCAAUGAAUAUGGACAGAAAAACAGGAUCUCUGUCAAGUACUCUGAAUCCGCAAGGGUGGCGGAAAACAAUCACAUGCAAUGCUGUUGCUGCGUGGUGGUUGGUGAUAAAGAGUGCCCAACGGCGUUUGGGAACACGAAGAAGGAAGCGAAGGAGGAGGCAGCCAAGCUUGUCUAUGAGAUGAUAAACAAUAAUCACACCACAGGGACUGUAGAAGAAAACAGCAAGGCUAACCCAUCACCACAAAACAAGGACUGGAGCCAAGAAACGCGGUCCACAAGUUCUGUGGUUCAAAACCUGAGCAUGGACUCUCCAACAGAACAACCCAACUGUACAGAGACCAACUUCAUAGGAAUCCUGAACCACUACUGUCAGAAAACGAAGCUGGUUCACGAUUACAUAUUAGUGGAAAGACGUGGUCCAUCGCAUGAUCCUCAAUUUGUUUACAAGGUAGUUAUGGGCAGUAAGGAGUAUCCAGAAGGGGUGGGGAAGACAGCCAAAAGCGCCAAGCAGCUGGCUGCUGAGCUGACAUGGCUGGCCCUCCAGGAGCAGCCGGACUGGAACAGCCAGGUGUCCUCAAACGUUUCCGAAGAUGAAGUUUCUCCCUCACAAAGUUCAAGAACGGGGGAGUCAUGUGACACCAGGGAGUCAUGUGACACCACACCCCAAAGCAUGGCGACCAGUGAUACACAAUCAGUAGUGUUUGCAGAAUCAACUAACACCAGCCAGAAAAAAAAUCAUCAAGAUGCAAAGCCUAAGAUAAAACUUGCACCCAAUUUCCAGUUUGCUAACCAUCCAAAUAAUCAACCAGUCUCAAGGUUCUCAACUGACUUUGAUUCCAUUGAACGCAUGGGCAAAGGUGGCUUUGGGCACGUGUACAAGGCCCGUCUAAAGAUAGACAAAAGAUACUAUGCUGUGAAGAUUGUGCGGAGUAAAGCAAAAUCUAUCCGAGAAGUCGAUGCGUUGGCACGCCUCGAGCACUGUAACAUAGUACGUUACUACACAACCUGGAUGGAAGACAUAGAGUACAAAUGUGCCAACACCUCAGACAGUGGCAGCACUUCACAUUCCGGCAGCGAUGCGUCUGCGAAGUUCCUUUACAUCCAGAUGGAACUAUGUGGUAAGACCCUGAAAACUUGGAUAGAUGAAAGAAAUGCAGAACGGGACCUCAAACGAAGGGAGAUGAGUCAGGGCAUCAUCCAGCAGAUCCUUCAUGGAGUCGAGUACAUCCACUCAAAUAAACUCAUCCAUAGAGACCUUAAGCCUUCUAACAUAAUGUUUGCCGGUAAUGAAAAGGUGAAGAUUGGGGAUUUUGGCCUGGCAACCACAGAGAAUGACGACGAUGAUGAAAGCCUUAUUGAGCGAACCAAGCGCACUGGAACCAGGUCUUACAUGGCACCUGAACAGAUCAACACGAGCACCUACGAUAGGAAAGUAGAUAUCUUUGCUUUAGGUUUGAUCUUCUUCGAACUACUUUGGAAACUAUUCACUGUUGCGGAAAAAAACAAAGUCUGGUAUGACGUGAGGAGCAACAUAUUCCCCAAGGGCUUCUCUGUGUUGUACGCCCCUGAGCAAAAGCUGAUGGAGUCAAUGCUGAAGGAACACCCCGAGGACAGGCCAGAGGCCAAACAGCUGGUCACUGAACUUGGAUCUUAUGUUGUCCCGUCAAAAGAUCAAAACAGCCUUAAAGCCAACCAAACUCUUUGAAACACAGGAAGUCAGCAAUAUAAUUGACUUUACAUUUUACAUUUAGUAGACACUCUUAUCCAGAGCAACUUACAGUAAGUACAGGGUCAUUCCCCCGAGGCAAGUAGGGUGAAGUGCCUUGCCCAAGGACACAACAUCAGUUUGCAUGGCCGGGAAUCGAACCAGCGACCUUCUGAUUACUAGCCCGAUUCCCUAACCGCUCAGCCACCUGACUCCUGAUUUUAGCAUCACUUUUUAUCCUUCACGUAGCGUAUGAAUUUGCUCUGGAUCUGUACGGUAUAUAUGACCAUACCACAGCAAUAAGGAUGGAUCAAAUGUUUGAAAAAAUGAUUGAAAUAUUCUGGAAAUAACUUUGAUGUUAGCUUGAACAAAUCUAUAGAUACCACCAAG